CCAGAAACGAAAACACGAAUUAAAAUUCUGAAAUUCCCUGUCAACGAAGAUCAGAAGCACAAGACUGGUAGACGAAACACCAUGAAGGUUAGCUCAGUUACGUUCCAUUAGAACGACAGAGAAAGAAAUUAAGACGAGCCCGUGUUACAUACCCAGCUUAGCUUGUUGAUGAUGAUAUCAUUAUAUUGAGAACCCAGAAAGCCAGAAAUGGUGGUGUGAGAGAGAGAGGUCAAGAAACAAGAAUAAUGGAGAUGUGGAGUGGAGGAAUGAGUUGUAAUGCGAUCGAAGACAUAGUAAUAAUGGGAGGAUUGAUAGGAGUUCAAUUUGUGUAUGCUGGCAGUGCUGUUCUUAUGAGCUUUCUCAUGGCUUUGGGUCUCAGCUCUCUCUCCAUCGUCAUCUACACUUCCUUCGCCACCUUCCUCGUUCUCUUACCAUUCUCUAUCUACUUUGAAAGGAGUAAAUGGCCCAGAAAAUUAAGUCUCAAGUUUGUUAUCCAGCUAUUGAUGCUUUCGUUUGGAGGGGUGACUUUGUUCCAGUCGUUAUUCCUUAAAGGAAUAAAUCUAACUUCGCCAGCAAUGGGAACUGCCAUGCCCAACCUUGCCCCAGGUCUUAUCUUUAUCAUCGCAUGGACUUUUGGGUUAGAGAAAGUGGAACUAAGUUGCAGGUAUAGUAGAGUGAAGAUCAUAGGGACAAUGGUGUGCAUGAUUGGAGCUUUCACUAUGAGCAUCAUGCAGAGCGCUACUCCUCCUCCAUCCACGUCAGCCUCAGAGCUACAGCCUUCUCAUACACCCUCCUUACCUGAUCAUUCCUCCCAUUCUUCCCUGUUUGACUCUGACAAAAUCAUUGGUUCUCUCUACCUCAUGGCUGCUGUCUUCAUGCUUUCCUCCAAUGUUGUCCUCCAGGCUUUUACGUUGGGAGAUUUUCCAGCACCAAUGACAUUAAGUGCAAUGACAUCCUUGUUAGGAGCCAUUACCACCAUUAUUGCUCAGUUGCUUGAGGAACACUCAUUUGACACUGCUUCUCUUGUCAACUUUGGAUCCCUUGCUUCCUAUUCUUUUCUGGCAGGAGGGUUGGGUGGAAUAUGCCUAAGCUUUAAUGGAUGGGCUCUUAAGAAGAGAGGUCCUGUGUUGGUCUCUAUGUUCAGCCCUGUUGCCACUGUCACCUCCCUCCUCUCUUCUUUCACUCUUGGCUAUUCCACCAAUCUUGGAAGCAUUGUGGGGAUGUUGCUGAUGUUCACGGGGCUCUACUUUGUGCUGUGGGCAAAAGGAAAAGAAGAUUACGACAAUAUUAGAUAUGGCUCAGAGAGUGAGUUUGAUGCAGCGAAGCCUCUCCUUAGUUGAUUUCUUUUCUUUUGUCAACAAAAGCAUAAAAGGAUGAAAUGCUACAAUAUGAAGUAUCAGUGACAAAAAGGAAUUUCUUUAGACUUGGUCUCAAAGAAGAUUUAUAGAGGUUUCUUGCGUUGGAGGAGUGGAACUUUACAGCCUAUAUACGCACAAGUUCUUUUUAUUAGAAAAUUCAUUUGGGUUAGAUUCAAUUCACUACUUUAAAGAUAAAGCACAAGAUCUUGUGCUUGCUUGUUCAUCAUUCUUACUAUUUAAUUUGUUAAUCCAUCUCACACCCUUACUAAAAAAUCAACUUAUUAGGGUUGUUGCUGUA